AUGGCCAUGAAAAACGCGACGCAGCAGGUGGUCCGGGCCUUGGAGUCGUCCCUCACCAGGAGCCUUCAUGCGUCCCCGGGCAGCAAGAAGAUCGUGGGCGUGUUCUACAAGGGCGGCGAGUACGCGGGGCAGAACCCCAACUUCGUGGGGUGCGUGGAGAACGCGCUGGGCAUCCGCAGCUGGCUCGAGUCGCAGGGCCACCAGUACAUCGUCACCGACGACAAGGACGGCCCCAACUGCGAGCUGGAGAAGCACAUCGCGGACGCGCACGUGCUCAUCACCACGCCGUUCCACCCGGCGUACGUGAGCGCGGACCGGAUCAGGCGCGGCAAGAACCUGGAGCUGCUCCUCACGGCCGGGAUCGGCUCCGACCACAUCGAGCUGCCGGCGGCGGCGGCCGCGGGGCUCACCGUGGCCGAGGUCACGGGCAGCAACACGGUAUCGGUGGCGGAGGACCAGCUGAUGCGCAUCCUGGUCCUCAUGCGCAACUUCCUGCCGGGCCACCACCAGGCCAUCAGCGGGGAGUGGACCUCGCCGGCAUCGCGCACCGGGCCUACGACCUGGAGGGCAAGACGGUGGGCACCGUCGGCGCCGGCCGCAUCGGGAAGCUGCUGCUCCAGCGCCUCAAGCCCUUCGGCUGCAACCUGCUCUACCACGACAGGCUCCGCGUCGACGCCGCGCUCGAGGAGGAGCUCGGCGCCGCCUUCGAGGAGGACCUCGACGCCAUGCUGCCCAAGUGCGACGUCGUCGUGCUCAACAUGCCGCUCACCGAGAAGACAAAGGGGCAUGUUCAACAAGGAGAAGAUCGCCAAGAUGAAGAAAGGCGUCAUCAUCGUGAACAAUGCUCGUGGAGCGAUCAUGGAUACUCAGGCAGUGGCAGACGCUUGCAAGAGUGGGCACAUCGCUGGAUACGGCGGCGACGUGUGGUACCCGCAGCCGGCGCCCAAGGAGCACCCGUGGAGGUACAUGCCCAACAACGCCAUGACCCCGCACAUCUCCGGCACCACCAUCGACGGCCAGCUGAGGUACGCGGCCGGUUUGAAGGACAUGCUGGAGAGGUACUUCAAGGGGCAGGACUUCCCGGAGCCCAACUACAUUGUCAAGGAAGGCAAGCUCGCCAGCCAGUACCAGUGA